AUGCCAAAAGACAAGAAGAUUGAAAUGAGCGAAUCGUCGAGCUCAAGUGAGUCCUCAUCAUCGAGCGAUUCAACCUCGUCCUCCGAUUCUUCAGUUUCAUCAAAAUCAACGAACACCUCGACAAACCCUAGUCAAGUGAGUGAAAAAGAUCAAAAAGCCGAAACGAAAAAACAGAUGAGCGAAGAUUCCUCGAGUGAUUCUUCAAGUGAUUCAUCAAGUGAUGAGUCAGAAAAUGUCACAAAGAAAGCAAUGAGCGAAGACACGGAUGACAGUGAAGAAGAAAAAUCCGAACAUGAGACUCAAAAAGACAACGCUGAGAAUGCAACGGAGAAAGGAGAACAGUUUGUUAAAGAGCUUGUGAAGGAUUUCGGAGACGAGAUCAAUGAUAUCCGUCUUGAAGCUGCUAAGGUUCAAGCAAUUAAUUUAGAAGAAUUCAUAUCAGUAUUGAAAGGUGGUGUCGACCUCUUCUCAGACGUCGAGAUGGAAUUGCUUGGGAAGAAAAUGCUCGAGACAAAAACUGACGAAAAAACUGAUUGA